UAAGGCUCAAUAAUAUUACAAAGCCCGGCCCAAAUAUUUUAUUUGACACGUGGAGACUUUUGGGUAGGUGAAUGGAAUUAUGGAAUCAAUUAUAGUGGUUGUUGGCACGUGAUCAUCAUCAUCAUGGAGAUUUUUAUCUUCCUUCCUGCUUCACCUCACAGACCAAGAGCCAAGAGAAUGGACGAUCUGACUGUGAUCUCUACAAGUAUUGUCCGACCCGAAAACAACGAUCGAUCGGGUCGGGUCAAGAUCCAUCUUACGCCAUGGGAUUUGUUUUUUCUUCGAGCAGAAUACCCUCAAAGAGGUCUUCUUUUUCCCAAACCCGACCCGGAAACCGACAUUAUCUCUCCAUUGAAAGCUUCCCUCUCUGCUGCGUUGGAAAUCUUCUACCCAUUAGCCGGCCGUCUCGUGAAGGUGGAGAAUGAAGACAACACGGAGUCGUUUUACAUCGACUGCGAUGGUUCCGGCGCCAAAUUUGUCCACGCCGUGGCUAAGACCGUGUCGGUGGGUGAUGUUCUCGAACCGGCCGAUGGUCUUGUCCCAGAUCUCAUCAGGCACUUCUUCCCCGCCAACGGGACCAGGAGCUACGAAGGGGUCUCGGAAAGUUUGCUUGCGGUGCAAGUAACCGAGAUGGAAGAUGGGGUCUUCAUCGGUUUUGGUUAUAACCAUAUGGUGGCUGAUGGAUCUUCGUUCUGGAAGUUCUUCAACACUUGGUCGGAGAUUUGCUUGAAGGGCCUGCACUCCGAUCACCGGAAAAGCCUCCCACCAAUUCUUCUCAAAGGUUGGUUCCUUGACGGGAUCGAUCCACCGAUUCACAUUCCAAUCUCAGAGACAAAACCACCAACUCGAGGGAUUUCAUCGUCACCCACUUUGCAAGAGAAGGUUUUUCGCUUCACGAAGGAGAAUAUUUCGCAGCUCAAGGCAAAAGCCAACAACGAAAUUGGAUCCAAUGCUGAAAAAAUCUCGUCUCUUCAAGCGAUUUCUGGGCAUAUGUGGCGAUCGAUCAUCAGGAACAGUGGCCUAAACCGGGACCAAGAGGUCCAGUGCAAUUUACUGGCGAACAUGAGGCAGAGGCUUAACCCUCCACUCGAGACAGAGUGUUUCGGCAACGUGGUCUGCUUCGGGACAACCAGAACGACGGUCGGAGAGCUGAUGGACCAUGACCUGUGUUGGGCUGCUUUGCAAAUCAACAAAAUGGUGGGGUCAAUCACGAACGAAAAUCUCAGAAAUUUCGCGGAGAAAUGGGUGAAGAAUGUGGAAUUUCCGAAUAUUGGAGGGGGAGGAAUACCCAGUAAUCCACUGCUGGUUGCGAGUUCUCCCCGGUUCAAUGUGUACGGAAACGAUUUCGGUUGGGGUAAACCGAUCUCGGUUCGAGCUGGACCGGGAAAUACCAGCGAUGGCAAAGCCAUAGUCUACCCCGGAACCCAAGAAGCAAGCAUCGAUAUUCAGCUGUGUUUAUCAUCCAACGUGUUGGCAAAACUAUUGACAGAUGCUGAGUUUCUUGAGAGCGUAACUGUUGCAUAAACCAUUGUAUUAGCAAAACCACUGUACUAUCCCUAUUUAUAUAGCCAUUAUGCAUCUGCCUACAAA